AUGAAUUACUUGAAGUCACUGAAGUCGAGGGUUGUGGGGGAUAACUCCGAAAGCAAAAUAGCUGAAAUACUUCCAGUUUCCUCUGAACCAUUCGAGUGCAAACCUAACGAAUGUGUCAACGGAUUUAAAGAAUCAUGCUUUUCUCUCCGUAGUGAUGCAGCCGCUACUCCUCUCUACGAAACUGCCGAACCUUCAAGUCUGCAUUUCUUAGUGUCAACGGGGACAACAGAUUGGGAACACGAUGCAUUUGAGCAAAAAGGAACCAUUCUAAACACUUUCAAUUCGAAAGCAAACAACCUGGCACGGAGCAGCAAUAUCACUAUCAAGAGUAACGUUACAAACGAGCCUUUGAAUAUAUCUGAUCCACAAAGUAUUACUUUGAACAAACUUGACGUUUUGAUACUGCCAUGGUUUGUGUGGAUACGUGGAAUAACCAAGGAUAAUAUAGACGAGGUUUUCACCAAAAUCAAGCAGAUCCUUCAAAGUGAAAAAAAUGACGAUACUGUAAAGGGCAAUCAAGCGGAAAAUUUAAUAUCCAAACUCACAAACGUUGAAGGCCUAGUGGUGACCAAGGACCCGAAUAUGUCAGUCAUCCUCUUGUGUUCUCAUCGUACAAGGGAUAAAAAAUGUGGGAUCACUGCGCCUAUCAUGAAAAAGGAAUUUGACUCUCAGCUCAGAGACCUUGAACUUUACAGAGAUUCGGGAGAUGACAGACCAGGUGGUGUAAAGGUGAUAUUUGUCAACCAUGUGGGAGGACAUAAAUUUGCCGCUAAUGUUUUGAUUUACAACAAACACGGAGAAUUUGUCUGGUUUGCAAGGUGCACGCCUCUUAACGUCAAAUUUAUUCUCAACGAAACAGUUCAGCAUCACAAAGUCUUUCCUGCCAAUGUGAGAGCCUGCUCUACAUUUAAUGCGGUGAAAUGGUAG